AAAACCUGUUUUGUUGCAGCUGCGCAGCGCGCGCGGGCGGCUGACCGAGGCGUUUCCGCACUCUCAGGCGCUGCAAACAACCACAAAGAGCUCCAAGAGAUCGCCAACAAAGCGCCGGCGACGCGUGAUGCUCUACAGCGGCUCCUUGACACUGCUGCUGCUCGUGCACUCCGCAGCGUUUGCGCCGCCGCCGCGACUCACCACAAAAAAAACAGCGCGAAUCCAUCGGGCCGUGUCGCCCGCCGCAGCCGACGCGCCCAUGCUGUAUAAGGCCGUGGGCGAGUCGACGCGCUUCGCGGUGAGCGGCGCCGUCGCGGCGACGCUCAUGGUGAGGCGCGACGCGGAGACGCUGACCUGGGUCGCCGGCGCCAUCCUGGCGGCCGUCUGCAACAAGAUCCUCAAAAGGAUCAUCAAGGAGGACCGGCCGGAGGCGGGCGACGACGGCGGGAUGCCGUCGAGCCACGCUUGUAGCGUGUGCCAUCUGGGCGUCGGCGCGGCGCUCCGCUUUCCCCUAACAAAACUGCAGCUCGGUGGCCUGGCCGUGUACGGCGCGACGUCGCUCGCGUGGCGCGUGACGAACCGCUACCACACGGCGCCCCAGGUCCUCGUCGGCGGCGCGUUCGGCGCCGCGACGGCUGGAGCCUUUCGUAGUUUCUCAAAACGGUUGGAGGCGGAGGUGCUACCCGCGCGGAUCCCGCUCGCGUGGAUUUUAGGUAUUUACGGCGCGGGCGCGGUCGUCGUCGGCUCCGUCGAGCGCGCCAAGUGGCUGAAGCGGGCGCUGAAGAAGAAGCGAUGAUGUCAUUUUUGUCGCGUUGACGGCGUGUAAAGGUAUUGAGUAGCCUCUUCCUCUUCGUG